UACUCAUUUGUUUAAAAGCUGAUGCUACUACAUCGACUGGUGUUGUACCAAUUGAUCGAGUUCAUUCACACCACCACACCCCACUCCACCGCCGUGGACGUACCGGCGGAGGAGUUUCUCUGGUGGUGAAGUGGUUCUACUCUUUUGACUAUAUAAACUUGUGAUCUAUCUGUUCCUUUUGUUGAGAUAUAUAUAUAGUACGCGCGCGUAGCUUACCUAUAUAUAUAUAUAUAUAUAUGGGGUCUGGACAAGAAGACGUUCAUCAACCUUUGUUACAACCGACACCAUCACCACGACCACCGCGAUUGUCAUCGUCGUCAUCAUUGUCACACGAUGAGAAACACUACGAGUUAAGCAAUGAGCUGGAAAGGGUACUGUCCAACACAAGUAAAACGCUGGUUCAGCGGGCGGUGGCCGGGACAUGGAUAGAACUGAAGCUGCUGCUCGUGCUGGCUGCUCCAGCUACUGCUGUUUAUUCCAUCAACUACGUGAUGUCGAUGUCCACGCAGAUCUUCUCCGGCCAUCUUGGAAAUCUUGAGCUCGCCGCAGCCUCCCUCGGCAACAAUGGCAUCCAAACCUUCGCCUUUGGCCUCAUGCUUGGAAUGGGAAGUGCCGUGGAGACUCUAUGUGGGCAAGCAUAUGGAGCCCAAAAAUACGACAUGCUAGGCAUUUACCUUCAAAGAUCAACCAUCCUCCUCACCAUAACCGGUGUCCUCCUCACUUUGAUAUACGUUUUUUGCAAGCCCCUCCUCACACUUCUUGGCGAGUCGGUCGAGAUCGCAUCGGCCGCGGCAUUGUUCGUCUACGGCCUCAUCCCUCAGAUAUUUGCAUAUGCUGUCAACUUCCCCAUACAAAAAUUCCUGCAAUCUCAAAGCAUAGUUGCACCGAGUGCAUACAUUUCGGCAGCCACCAUAGCAGUGCACCUCUUAUUGAGUUGGCUUGCUAUAUACAAAUUUGGGCUUGGGCUUUUGGGUGCUUCUUUAGUUCUGAGCCUGUCUUGGUGGAUAAUAGUGGUGGGCCAAGUCCUUUACAUUGCCAAGAGUGAACACUGCAAGUACACAUGGGCCGGAUUCAGUGUACAGGCCUUUUCUGGGCUAUGGGGCUUUUUUAAGUUAUCGGCUGCAUCGGCUGUGAUGCUUUGCUUGGAGGCCUGGUACUUCCAGAUUCUGGUUUUGUUGGCUGGUCUGCUUGAGAAUCCCGAGAUUGCUUUGGAUUCUCUUUCUAUUUGCACCUCGGUUUUGGGAUGGGUCCUUAUGAUCUCUGUUGGGUUCAACGCAGCUGCGAGUGUGAGAGUGGGAAAUGAACUUGGAGCGGGACAUCCAAAGGCAGCUGCAUUUUCUGUAGUGAUGGUGACUUCAAUCUCUUUCAUAAUUUCGGUGGUAAUAGCAAUUAUGGUGAUGGCAUUUCGACAUAGUAUCAGCUACAUUUUUACUGACGGUGAAAUUGUGGCGGAGGCUGUUUCCGAUAUGUGUCCUCUUCUUGCUGUUACCCUCAUUCUCAACGGAAUUCAACCCGUCCUGUCCGGUGUUGCUGUUGGCUGCGGAUGGCAAGCAUUCGUUGCCUACGUGAACGUUGGUUGUUACUAUGUAGUUGGAAUCCCAUUUGGUGCUGUGCUUGGAUUUUACUUCAAUCUGGGCGCCAAGGGAAUAUGGUCAGGGAUGAUAGGCGGUACACUGAUGCAGACUAUCAUAUUGAUAUGGGUUACUUAUCGGACAGAUUGGAAUAAAGAGGUGGAAGCAGCUCUGAAGAGAUUGGAUAACUGGGACGACAAGAAGGAACCAAUUUUGAAGGACUAAGAGAAAAUUGUGGAACCACAUGGCUUGACUCCCACUUCUAUGCUCUUUUUUUUUUUUUUUUGGCUUUGUGUUCCAUAAAGCUAGUUGCACGUGUGAUUACUGCUAUGGUGUCAGAUUGAUUUUUGAUUUUAAUGGAUAGAGUUCAAGAAGAACUUUAUGUCAACAAUAAAUAAAAUAUAAUCUUUCACCUUUUAAAGUA